AUGAUGUCACAAAGACAUUCUAUAGAACUCUCCUGAGCAAAAGUCCCAACAAAGACAAAACCCUGAGGUGACUUUAAUCAGAGUUUGAGGUGAGAAGAUUGAAUACAUUUACAAUACUGAGAGAACAUGGAGAACAUAAGAGCCACAGCCUUUGAUGUGUUUGAUGAAGCACGUUUACUGGGAGAACACACUGACAUGAUCAUCAAGUCAAACGACAGAGAAUUUCAAGUGCACAAGAUCAUCAUGUGUGGCUGCAGCACCUACUUUAGGGCUCUUUUCUCCAACAACUGGAACAGCCCACAACAUGUCUGUGAAAUUCCAGGAAUAUCCCAAGACAUCAUGCCUCUUAUUAUCCAGUAUGCGUACACAAGAUCUGUGCUCAUCACUCAAGAGAAUGUGGUGGAGCUCUUGGUGGCGGCUGACUUGAUCUUAGUCUCAGGUCUUGUAGAUGCCUGCUGUCAGUUCCUGGAGUCACAUUUAUGCCCAGAGAACUGCAUUGGUAUCUGCAAGUUUACAGAGGACUUUUACUCCUGCUCAAAGCUCCACUGUAAAGCAAAGCACUACAUCCUGCAGCACUUUGAGGAGGUUCUGCACGUAUCUGAGGAGUUCCUGGAGCUCUCCGUGGAACAGCUUGAGGAGAUCAUUGAUGAGGAUGAGCUGAAUGUCAAACAGGAGGAGGUGGUUUUUGAAGCCGUCCUCCACUGGACUAAUCAUGAACCAUCAAACAGAACGCAACACAUUGCCGUGCUUCUGCCGAAGGUUCGAUGGGGGUUGAUACAAUCAGAAUUCCUCAGCAAUAAUAUAACAUGCAAUGCACUAGUAAUGAAGAAUGAAGCCUGCUUGCCUGUUAUCAUCAAUACACUGACGACGUUGUUUAACCACAACAUGGAUGAACCCACCGACCCAGAACUCACGCAUCAACGGUCACGUCCACGUCUGCCCUCAUCGAUCCUAUUGGCCAUCGGAGGAUGGAGCGACGACAAUCUCAUCAAUGAGAUUGAGGCAUAUAAUCUGAAGGCAGAUUGCUGGGUCCGUGUGACUCAAGAGGAUGAGCGUCCCAGAGCCUAUCAUGGUACAGCAGUCCUGAAUGAGUUUGUCUACUGCAUUGGUGGUUUUGACCGUGUGGAGUAUUUAAACAGCAUGAGGAAAUUCAAUCUAAUCACUCAGACUUGGCACGAGGUGGCCCCCAUGCAUGAACGCCGAUGCUUUGUAAGUGUUGCAGUUCUAGGUGGGCUCAUUUAUGCCAUCGGUGGUUUUGAUGGACACCAACGGCUUAAAACAGUAGAGUGCUACGAUCCAAACACCAAUCAGUGGACAAUGAUGCCACCCAUGAAUGAACACAGGAGUAACGCCAGCGCCACCUCACUGCAGGGCAGGAUUUAUAUCUGUGGUGGUUUUACUGGGGUCGAGUAUCUCGACUCUGCUGAGAGAUUCAACCCUGAAACAAACCAGUGGACUCUCAUCGCUCCCAUGAGCAGCCGCCGCAGUGGUGUUGGUGUAAUUGCUUAUGCAGAUCUAGUGUAUGCCGUUGGUGGAUUUGAUGGAACGCGUAGUCAUUAUUUGCGGAGUACAGAGGUGUACAAUCCACUGACCAAUAAUUGGCAGGACGUUGCAUCAAUGCACAAUCCACGCAGCAACUUUGGCAUUGAGGUAGUUAAUGGACGAUUAUUGGCCGUAGGAGGAUUUGACGGAAAAAGCACCACCUGUGAUGUGGAGUGCUAUAAUAAGACGACAGAUGAAUGGUCUGUUGCAGGCGAAAUGGACAAUUUCCGCUGUGCUCUGAGCUGUUGUGUAGCAUCAGGAUUGCCCAACAUGGCCCAAUAUGCUGCCCUGCACUGAAUUAUCUGCUUCUGACUACAAAUGGAGUGUCUUGUUGAAUAAAUGCAUUCAAAAAGAGGCUGUAUUCCAAAUGUUAAACUUUCUCUCAGGUGUAGGGCUGUUCAUUAAAAAAAUGAAACCUCAUCCACACUCAACCACAUUCACAUCCACACACACAGACUUAUA